AUGGAACCAAUCCUGGCUGAUGAUGAUGAUGAGGAUGAUGAUGGUGGUGGUGGUGGUGGUGGUGGUGGUGGUGGUGGUGGUGGUGACUGGGUGGAAAAAUAAGAACCAAACAGAGAGUUCAGAAGUCCAAAUUACAAGAUGCCGUCGCAAAUUGAAAGGCCAGGGUUUUCUUAGUGAACAAGAGUUCAAAGUUCUUAAACCUACAGGCACAAUACCCCAUGGCUAUAUGAUUUACCAAAGAUUCAUAAGCCAGACCUUCCAAUGCAGCCGAUACUCUACAUGAAUGAUUCACCCAAUUGCAGUGGCUGGCAGGAAGGCUUAAGCCGAAUAGAGCCGCCUACCUUAUGGGACACAUAUAAAUCCAUUCCAUAUGACAUACAAAUCCCCGUGGGAAAAUAAUGAUAUCCCUAUACAUCGCAUCUUUGUUCGUUAGCAUUCCUCCCACAGAAGCGAUAGAGUUUUGUGUGACGAGAUUUUCAAUCGGGUUGCCGGUCGAGAUCUAAAAGAAUUGCUCUUCCACUAAACGUUAAAUAUCCAAGCCACAUUCAGUGGUAAAAUUUUCGGCCAGAUCGGUGGUGUAGCGAUAGUAUCACCCCUUCGACCUUAAGUAGCCGAUGUCUUCAUGAGAAAACUAGAGAAAAACCAACUCUACCCAAUUAUAAAAGACCUUUAUUCUCAUGCUCGAUAUGUUCAUGUCAUUUUUGUAAUGGCAGAUGCAAAGAGAGAUCUGAACACCUAACUGUGUAAGACGAAUCGCCUAGCGUUAACCUUCACCUUGGAGCAAGAGAACGGAGUGUAUCCCUUCUAGACUUCCUACUUAAUCGAAUGUCGGAUAGAACAAUCGGUAGAAGUGUAUUACGUAAGAAAAAUACAGUGCAAUACACACAUUUCUACAGUUUUCUUCCGCUGAGCAAAAAACGAAGUUUAGUUCGCUACCUCACCAACCGAGCUAGGAGAAUAUGCGCUCUAGGUACGCUUGAGAAUGAGCUCGCCAUUAUACAAAACACUUUGAGGAAAAACGGUUGUCCCGAAAAGUUAACCAACAAAUAUAUGGAAGAAUGCGCUCUAAAAUCUGAUAUGUCGACAACUGAGAAAAUGUUAUUUCUCACAGUGCCAUUUCGAGGGAAUCCGGCGAGCUGGCUUCUGCAUCGUCGCCUAAACGCUACUGUCGCGCGCGCGCACCCAGCGGAGAGGAUAAAACUAGUUUUUUACAAGCACUCCGCUUCUUUGCUUUGAAGGUAGGGAUAGACUACCUUUCUAGACCUCUUCAGUGUGCAUCUACGCCUUUGCUUGCUCUCAUGGGACAGGUAAUGUUGGUCGAACUAGGCGCAUAUCAACGGGGAUGCGAGAACACCAUCUUGCUUUUCCACAUCAGAGUGUGAAUCUUGUGGAUCUUCGGCAAACCGUAUAGCCGAGGUAUAUGCGUGCCGACGGGUCGGGUGCGCUCUACGUCGUGUUCGCUUAUGCAACCAUCCGCCUGAAGACUUUUGAAGCAGUCAGUCAGUUAUGCUUCAAUCUCAGCUGUAAGAUCCUUCUCUUUUUCUCUUUCUGAACUUUUCCUGAUCCGACUGUAGUCCGCCCUGUCCAUCAAAACAACGCUAUUUUCCCUAUCUGGCCUAGUUAUCAGAAUAUCUUUGUUCUGCCGGAGUUUCUUUAGUUCCUCCGUCUGUGACUCCGUCAGCAAGUCCUGAUAUUUCAGACCACUAUUCAGGUAUUGAUAAGAGCAGUUGACUAACGUGGUCCUAAGAUGUUGUACACUCUGUCGAGACUGGCUGUAGGUCAUGUAUUUGAUUAAAAAGGUUCUCCAACUGUGCUUCUAACUCUAACUGGUUGGGUUUCUGGAAAGGACAGAAGAACUUAGGACCCAGCGAUAAGGCUUCGAUCUAUGUUUCAUCGAGAGAUAUGGACGAAUAACUGUGUACAUUCUGACUUGGAUCUUCAGGAAUCUUCGAUCGUGGUCUGUCUACGUGAAUAUUCCGAUGGAGAGAAACCAUCUCGAUUUCUCUACGUUUAUCCGAAAUGGAUUGCUCAUUAUUCUCGAAUUCCUGUCUCUCGUCUUUGCCCAGUUGGUCGAGUAUGGCUGACCGUUGACACACCUGACGCCCUAGCUCCUUCACCUUUGUGCGCGUGCUCUCUAGUCCAUUUUCGGCAUAUCUUCUCAAGGUAUCACAGGCGAUAAGCGUACGACGCCGUCGCACUGCUCGCCAGUAGGAGUUCGGGUAUUCGUCUUCCUCGAGGCAAUCCAUAAUAAACCUGGCUCGUAAUUUCGCCUCCGCAAGCUCGAUACUGAAUCGUAGGUACACGUUGAUCGUUUUUAAUAGACUACCGUGUAGACGCUAGGGAGGCCUUCAGUGUGAUUUACAAGGUCCCAUCAAGCUAUUCAAGACUACUUGUGCAGCGCCUGUUGGCCACGGCAGAGGCAGCCACAAUUAGGUAACGCGAACCGGUCCUAUGCGCACAGAAGAACUUCAAAUAGGUCCCAGAGUUAACAUGAUUCAAAGCCACCAAGCCAGCCACCCGCAUAUAAUUGCCUUUCCCGGGGCCCACCUUCUCCACGGCGCUGACUGGAAUUUUGGUGUUUCACUCCCCACCCCCACCCCUCCCAAAACCCGAGCUACAGCAUAAUUAUCUAUUUGUCCGUAUCUUUUGAUUUAUUAUUUCAAUAGUCACAUAAAUGUACAGGCUUGAAGAGAAUAUACUGAAAGCAGAUGUUUGCUCGUCAAAUUGCUUUUUGGAUAUGUUCCUUAUCAACUGCGAAGCGAGUUUGGUAGCUCUCGCUUAGCUUGGCCAACCGGACCACCCAGUUCAUUCAGUUGAGCGUACAUUUAUUCGAACCAUAUAACUAGCAUAAAUUUCAGGGCAAAUUUGGAGCACUGACUGAAAACUGCUCCGGACGACUCAACCUCCACUCCCUUAAAUUAGUUGACAUCGUAUUGUGUCGCGGCAGCAAUACGACUAAAUGUUUCGACUUGCAAUCUAUGUGGAUAAAGCGUUGUAGCUUUUAGCAAAAGCCUGUCCAUGUAAGACGACAGAUAGCGCCUCAUGUCAUUUUUUUUCACUAAUAGCUAAGCAAGCCUUCUGCCAAGAAUCGCCCGUGCAUAAUCUGUACUGGCACCUAUCCUUUACAAAGCACACUAUUUACUGAUGUCCAAGUAGCAGGCCGUUCGUCAGUUUAGCCGGUUCCCUGUAAACUCGAGGGCGGUACUUCGCUUUAUUGAAUGUCAGCUUCUUCCCUGUGGUCUAGAACACUCCAAAACAGAUGCGUCCUCUACACUUCAGCCAAAAGUCUAGUAACUACAAUUUUCACCGGCAUGCCUCCCUCGCAAUGAUUUGAGCCGCAGUAAUGAAGGGAAACUUAGCGACUUCGAUUUGUUAGGCCGCUCACGCUAUUGCAUGCGCAGAGCUGGCAGUUUGGAGACAAACGCGUCGACUGUGGCAGACCUGAUCAAAGUCUACUUUUCUCAUGAACCAUCGCCUGUUUUCGCAGCCGCGUGUACCCUUCUAGUACCGCGCGCUGGCAAGGAUAAGUCGACCAUAAGGACCAUCCUAGUUUAACUUGCCUAUGCCAGCUAUUUAAACUUGAAUCAUUGGUGAGAAGGACCAUGCUUGCUCCGAAGGACUUCGACGCAUUGGACAGUAUGGAUUAGCUGACAUGAGGCAGGCGGUACACAGACGAACACCCACAUAUAGCAUACCCUGAUUGUGGUCGGGUCUGUGUUUGCACUUCGAACAGUUAUCUUAGGAGAGCUGAUGUAUUUUUUCUUCGAUUGCAGUUAUAAAAACUACGGCCCAACCAUGGUUGUUCAGUUGUUAAUUAUUAUUAACAAACGGCUGUUUAGCGCAGAUGCAGUGUGCAAGGCAGUUUUCUCAGUCUUCAUAUAGCAGUGCGUUUUCAUACAAUAGCUCUAAGGACAAAUGCUACCCUUCCAAGGAAGUAACUUGAGUCGUAGCUCUUGGGUGGCAGGUACCGUCCGAGACUGCGAAGGUACCCAAGCAAACAUAGUCCGAUAUAAAAGGGCAGUUAGUGAGGGAGUUGGUUGGAUAAAGUUACUGUAUGCGUCGAAAGAAAAACACUUUUUUGAAAGGACGCCCACAGGUCUCGGUUCUUCAGGAUGUAAAUCUCACCUUUGUGUGGAACGGAAAGAAGUUAGGUCAGCGUGUGUCGGCCGCCGGUGCUUUGCUAAUGGUGACGUACUCACAGGCUCCAGCACUUCUAGAACAAGUCAUCAAGUGGGCGCCUAGGCCGCAGUUACAUCCAACUGACUGACUAUAGGCAACCGCCCAGUCUUGAUUGCAAACGCGUCUAGUCUGAAUUGAAUCAGUAUCAACAAUAAUAUUCGUUUUCGCGAUAAGUUCACGUCAACCAGACGAGGAUGCGAACACGAGGCAGCUGAAUCGUUGUGCGUCACUUUCCUUGGCGGAAGUCUAGAUGAUCACCAAAACGCCGGAUAGGAAUGCUCGAGUAAUUCCCUCCUGCCAUUUAUCAGCAGUUUCGAAGUCCACUUAAAAGUCCAUCAUCUACAGGCGCAAAAGGCACGAGGACUGGCCUCAGCGGAAAGUUGCAAGUGCCCCUGUCAACACAUGGCCCCGCCUUGCGGGUGUGGCCAAGCGUGGAUGGACCCGGCCACGGCCACGCCAUAUUUAGAGAAAUUUCAAGGGGCAUUUCAAUCGCUUAAACGAGAUUUUUUGCGUUUGAAUGUUCCGCAUUUACCUAAACAUACGUUAAUUCACCCAGAAAGUGCCCUGAGACCCCAUUUCUUGGGGGAAGAUAAUGUGCCUGGACGAACCGAUUAGGACGUUUUUUGUUUAGUUGAGCCACUUGGAUGCCAUUUACCUGCUGCUCUGCCGAGCAUGAUUACUGCAGUCUCACUAUCGUCCGGACGCUCGUGACGAAGCGGUACAUCGUUCCACGUCGAUUUCAUGUCUGUCACGCCUUUUCGGUCAUACUUACGCCAUUAGUAAUAUAUUUUACAUUAUUUAGGUGGAAAGUAGGUGUAUUAAUUUAAUAGUAACUCUAAUCUCCUAGUGAAUGUUUAAAAUGCGGUUAAACUUAUUGUAUGUUGAUUUUAUCCAUAAAUGAAAGCAAUCAUGAAACACAAGCAUUACGGCUUCCAUCAACGCGCAAUUUACCAGCGGAUUGCACGUGAAGAGACUGCAUAGUAUGCGCGGAUGAAGGACCCCUUCGUUCUGUCUACGUCGUCGGUGGUAGACCAACCAACGUAAUUAGAAAUGCCCGAACUAGUCCCGGAAGUUUGUACGCGUAGGCAUCUUACUGUGUUACUCACUAGAAAUUUUAGGACCCGUAGACAUAAGCGAGAACGCGGUCGUUGGCAAGUGCUUUUUUGGCGGACUUACGGGAUUUCUGAUUGGAGGCCCAAAUGCCACUAUCAACAACAAAGACGUUGUUUCGGAUGCUGUGGUCCUACCACCCAGAAGUAUCCAAAAAUCCAAGGACGCUAAUACAAACGCUUCGAACCUUCAUUAGCAAGCCCUUGAACAAGGGCAACUACGUCUACUUAGGUCUUGAGCAUGUUCUGUUGGAUCAACUACUCAAUCUGCCGGCAACGACCGUGCCUAAAAUGCAUAUUCAACUUCAUAUUGACGGAAUAAAGACUUUCAAGGGAUCUAAUCAAUGCUUGUGGUCAAUUCUUGCUCGUGUUCGCCGUCUGGAUGUUGGUCAGCCCUUCAUUGCUGGAGUGGUCUCCGGUCCCGGCAAGCCUGAGCCGUUGGAUGACUUCCUGGGCGACUGUGUUGGCGAACUGAAUGACAUACUAGUCAGUGGUUUGCGUAUUCCGAAUACGGAAAAUAUCGUGAAGGUGAACUUGGCCAAUGUCAUUUGCGACAGCCCUGUUCGCAGUUAUGUGCGGCGAGUUAAAGCUCACGAUGGCUAUUACGGGUGCGAUUGGCAUGUUGUUUCAUAG